AUGAUCGAAAUGGUUGGAUCGUAUAAUUGUUUGCGUCUAGAUAAUAAUUACGUUUUCCAGGGAUAUGAACCUAAGGAGGAAGAUAACAUCAGCAUUGUUGCUGUCAUCUCAACCACAACUGAUGGACUUUCAUCAAAAUCAACUGCUGAUGCAAUAAGCGAAGCUGAAAGACUAUUUGAUUUAUAUUUUCAGGACCUAGUAAACGUUGCAAAAAACGCGUACGAAUCGUAUUCAUAUUUUGAGGCACCAGAAAAAAAUUGUAACAAAAAAUUCAUUGAUGAUAAAAAGAUUUCGGUUGCUAACAAAGAACCUAAUUUGCUUCUGCAUAACCUUCCUGAACAAAAGGGAAUGUUUCUGGUAAGAGCAUUUGAUUGCAUAACUGGGUCUGGACUAUCAUUAUUGCGAGCAAAUGAUAAAAUAUCUACAAAAGCAAAGGAGGAACUACAUGUUUCAACCUUUAAUCAAUUUGGUCGAAUUGAUACCUCUGGUGAAUUACUCGAAUUGGCAACGAGAAUAUUUCCUCUAGAAGAAAAACGAUUUGCUGAAUUUAAUCUUUUUCAGUUUUUACAAUUAGUUUCUUAA